AUGCCUUCGACGCAUAAAAGAGACAAACCCUGGGACACAGACGGCAUAGACAAGUGGAAGAUCGAUGACUUCAAGCCAGAAGACAAUGUCGGUGGUACCUUCGCAGAAGAGUCUUCCUUCGUUUGCCUCUUUCCAAAGUAUCGCGAACUCUACCUAAAACAAGCCUGGCCCCUUGUCACGAAAGCGCUGGAGAAAAGAGGAAUCGCAUGUACGCUCGAUUUAGUCGAGGGCAAAAUGGAAGUGCGCACGACCCGCAAGACUUUUGAUCCUGCUGCGAUCCUGGACGCAAGAGACCUCAUCAAGUUGCUUGCACGAAGCGUGCCUGCUCCACAGGCCAUUAAAAUUCUCCAAGACGAUACCGCCUGCGAUGUGAUCAAAAUACGCAACCUGGUUCGAAACAAAGAGAGAUUCGUGAAGCGCCGGCAGCGGCUUCUUGGACCUAACGGUUCCACACUGAAAGCCCUCGAGCUCCUCACCAACACUUACAUCUUGGUGCAAGGGAACACGGUCAGUGCUAUGGGCGGUUACAAAGGUCUCAAGGAAGUCAGAAGAGUGGUCGAAGACUGCAUGAACAAUAUCCAUCCCAUAUACCAUGUCAAAGAACUCAUGAUCAAAAGAGAAUUGGCCAAAGAUCCCACCCUCAAAAAUGAAAGCUGGGACAGAUUCCUGCCACAGUUCAAGAAGAAGACAUUGAGCCGAAGACGAACACCCUACAAGGUUACCGACAAGACCACCAAGGCCUACACCCCCUUCCCGCCCCCCCAAGAGAAGAGCAAGGUUGACCUACAGAUUGAAAGUGGCGAAUACUUCCUUGCGAAGCAGGCCAAGGAGCGUGCAAAGGAACAAGAGAGGAGAGAGCGACAGAAGGAGAAGAAUGAAGAAAAGCAACGCCAACGAGAACAGGCCUUUGUGGCUCCAAAGGAGGAUGUCCCAGAGAAAUCGAAAAAGAGGAAAUCUUCUGCUGACGGAGAGGUCCGCAAAUCGAAGAAGUCAAAAGCUGCUGUAUGA